GGCAGGAAGGGGCGGGGGGCUCCCGAGCGCCCGGCAGGAAGAGACAAACCCACCGACCGCAGCAGGCCCCGCGCAUCCGCACCUUUGGACUCAGCCAUGUGGGGUCUCCUGCUCGCCUUGGCCACCUUCGCGCCUGCCGUCGAUCUGGGUCUGGGGACGCCCGGCGCCUCCGGGCUGGGCCUCGCGCCGCCCGCUACCACCAAGGCCCCGGUCUCGACCCUGGCCCCGAGUAGCAACCCGGCACAGCAGCCCUCGGGGAAGAAUAACGAACAGCACGUCCGGAUUCGCUUCGUCAAGAAGAAAAAGGUCAUUAUAAAGAAAAGAAAGAAGCUAACUAGACCCAGACCGCUGGUGACUACCGGGCCUCCAGUGAUCACCACCCCUGUGGGAGCCCUUGACCUCCCAGAGGAGAAGGAACCAGGCUGCCCCCCUUUGGGCCUGGAGUCCCUGCGAGUUUCAGAUAGCCAGCUCGAGGCAUCCAGCAGCCAGUCCUUUGGUCUUGGACCACACCGGGGACGGCUCAACAUCCAGUCAGGCCUGGAGGAUGGUGAUCUCUAUGAUGGGGCCUGGUGUGCUGAGCCUCAGGAUGCUGAGCCGUGGCUUCAGGUGGAUGCCAGGCACCCCACCCGCUUCUCGGGCAUUAUCACACAGGGCAGGAACUCUGUCUGGAGGUACGACUGGGUCACAUCAUACAAGGUCCAGUUCAGCAAUGACAGCCGGACGUGGUGGGGGAGCAGGAACCGUAGCAGUGGGAUGGAUGCGGUAUUUCCUGCCAAUUCAGACCCAGAGACACCGGUGCUGAACCUUCUGCCUGAGCCCCAGGUGGCCCGCUUCAUUCGCCUGCUGCCCCAGACCUGGCUCCAGGGAGGCGAUUCCUGCCUCCGGGCAGAGAUCCUGGCCUGCCCUGUCUCAGAUCCUAACGACCUAUUCCCUAAGGCCCCUGCACUGGGAUCCUCUGAUCCUUUGGACUUCCGGCAUCACAAUUACAAGGCCAUGAGGAAGCUGAUGAAGCAGGUGAACGAGCAGUGCCCCAACGUCACCCGCAUCUACAACAUUGGGAAGAGCCACCAGGGCCUGAAGCUGUACGUGAUGGAAAUGUCGGACCACCCUGGCCAACAUGAGCUGGGAGAGCCUGAGGUGCGCUAUGUGGCCGGCAUGCAUGGGAAUGAGGCCCUGGGGCGGGAGUUGCUCCUGCUUCUGAUGCAGUACCUGUGCCGUGAGUUCCUGCGAGGGGACCCGCGGGUGACCCGGCUGCUCACCGAGACACGUAUUCACCUGCUGCCCUCCAUGAACCCUGAUGGUUAUGAGACUGCCUUUCGCCGGGGCUCGGAGCUGGUAGGCUGGGCAGAGGGCCGCUGGAACCAGCAGGGCAUUGACCUUAACCAUAAUUUUGCUGACCUCAACACACCGCUGUGGGAAGCAGAGGAUGAUGGGCUAGUGCCUGACACCGUCCCCAACCAUCACCUGCCACUGCCCACUUACUACACCCUCCCCAACGCCACCGUGGCUCCCGAAACGCGGGCAGUGAUCGAGUGGAUGGAGCGGAUCCCCUUUGUGCUGAGCGCCAACCUCCACGGGGGUGAGCUCGUGGUGUCCUACCCGUUCGACAUGACCCGGACCCCGUGGGCUGCCCGUGAACUCACGCCCACCCCGGAUGAUGCCGUAUUCCGCUGGCUCAGCACCGUCUAUGCUGGCACUAACCGGGCCAUGCAGGACCCAGACCGCCGACCCUGCCACAGCCAAGACUUCUCCUUGCACGGCAACAUCAUCAACGGCGCUGACUGGCACACAGUCCCCGGGAGUAUGAAUGACUUCAGCUACCUGCACACCAACUGCUUUGAGGUCACCGUGGAGCUGUCCUGUGACAAGUUUCCUCACGAGAACGAGCUGCCCCAGGAGUGGGAGAACAACAAAGAUGCCCUCCUCACCUACCUGGAGCAGGUGCGAGUGGGCAUUGCAGGAGUUGUGCGGGACAAGGACACAGAACUCGGGAUUGCCGAUGCUGUCAUUUCUGUGGACGGGAUUAACCACGAUGUAACGACAGCAUGGGACGGGGAUUACUGGCGCCUGCUGACCCCAGGGGACUAUAUGGUGACCGCCAGUGCUGAGGGCUAUCACUCAGUGACGAGGAGCUGCCGGGUCACCUUUGAAGAGGGCCCAGUGCCCUGCAAUUUCCACCUCACCAAGACUCCCAAACAAAGACUUCGAGAACUGCUCGCCUCCGGGGCCAAAGUGCCCCCAGACCUUCGGAGGCGUCUGGAGCGCCUGAGGGGGCAGAAGAAUUAACACCUCCAGGUGAACAGCCCCAGAGCCUUGGGCAGGCUGGACCUGUCCAGAACUGAAAGCGGGAGGGACAGAGUGGGAGGAGAGGUGCUGAGGCUCAUUAAAGCUACUUGGUACCUCA